CUACCAUUCGUCGUGAUGUUCAUGGCGUGCACAGACCCACACUUACUUCCCCAUCCGGACAGCGCGACCGCGUUUUCGCGUGUUUACAGUCCCCGCAAGACUCCUGUAUAGCAAACAGCACCCCACAUAACAUACCCAUACGCACACCAUGUCUUCGUUACUAGACCUCGCGCUCAAUUCUGAUGCCGCUCCCACUCCCUCGAGCGCGUACGGUAACGAUGCACGCACACCGCAAAUGCGAUCCUCGUCUGCGAGACCCCGCGGACCACCCUCUGAAAGCGCCGGCGCGAACAGCGAUGUAGAGGGAGACCCUGACGACGAGAUUAUCGGAGCACGGGUACCGGGGAGGCGCACGAAUGCCCCGCGAACAGACAUCCCAAAGGUAGUGGACGUUACUGGAGAAACGUUAUCGCUGCGGUUCCAGGAGUUCCUCGAAAACUACACAGAAGAUCCCUCGUCAUCGGCUCUUCCCGCCUCGAGUGCCGUGCCCACCACAGACAAAUACUACAUUGCCCAAAUACGGGGCAUGCGACUGUACGGACUGUCCACCCUCUACGUCGACUACACACAUCUCCUCAGGCACGAAGAUGGCAUUCUGGCCGCGGCCAUUGCGAGUGAAUACUACCGCUUCCUGCCGUACAUGGUUCGGUCGCUCCACAACCUCAUCGCAAAGUACGAGCCCAAGUACUUCCGCCAGCACAAGCAGCCCGCCUCGACUGCCUCUGCAGCCGGUACCUCGAGCGCCGGCAACGCUACAAGCCAGAACGAGAGUCUCAACGAGAAGACGUCGAACCAGCAGACCGACAAGCUGUUCACCCUGGCCUUUUACAACCUGCCUCUUGUGUCCCGUAUUCGCCAGCUACGCACCACAUCAAUCGGCAGCUUGCUUUCCAUCUCUGGUACUGCGACGCGAACAUCUGAAGUUCGACCAGAGCUUUCAAUGGCCACCUUUGUCUGCGAGAUCUGCAACACCGUCGUGCCGAACAUCGAACAGACUUUCAAGUACACAGAGCCGACACAAUGUCCCAACAUAACUUGCAUGAACAGGGAGGGCUGGCGUCUUGAUAUCAGGCAGUCAACUUUCGUAGAUUGGCAAAAGGUGCGCAUCCAGGAGAACAGUUCAGAGAUUCCCACUGGCAGCAUGCCCCGAACAAUGGACGUUAUCCUUCGAGGAGAGAUGGUGGAUCGGGCAAAGGCUGGCGAGAAGUGUAUCUUUACGGGCACAGUGAUUGUCAUUCCAGACGUAAGCCAGUUCCGCGUACCUGGUGUGCGCCCCCAAGCAAUGAGGGAUACCGCAAACACCACGCGAGGCAACGAUGUCGGUGGGUCAGGUGUCAGCGGUCUCAAAGCCCUUGGUGUGCGCGACCUGACAUACCGCAUGUCUUUCCUGGCGUGCAUGGUCUCGCCAGAUCACUCUACUCCUGGACAAACCUCGAAUCACCACCUGACAGGUCAGGCGAGCAACAUUCUCGCAUCUCUUGGCCAAGGACAGAUUGAGUCAAACGCGACAAGCGGCGAGGAGGCACAGGAAGAGUAUCUUGGUACGCUGACUGCUGCGGAGAUUCAGGAUCUCAAGGACAUGGUGCACAAGCCCAACAUCUUCAUGCGACUAGUUGACUCGAUAGCACCCAUGGUCUACGGCCACCAGGUCAUCAAGAAGGGUCUCCUGCUGCAACUGAUGGGUGGUGUAUCAAAAGAGACACCCGAGGGUAUGGCGUUGCGUGGAGACAUCAACAUCUGCAUCGUCGGCGAUCCGUCAACGUCCAAGUCACAGUUCCUGAAGUACAUUUGCAGCUUCCUUCCUCGCGCCGUCUACACCUCUGGCAAGGCUUCUUCAGCUGCCGGUCUUACAGCCGCGGUAGUCAAGGACGAGGAGACUGGAGAGUUCACAAUCGAGGCCGGUGCUCUCAUGCUGGCUGACAACGGUAUCUGCGCCAUCGACGAGUUCGACAAGAUGGAUAUUGCCGAUCAAGUCGCUAUCCACGAAGCUAUGGAACAACAGACAAUCUCGAUUGCUAAGGCCGGCAUCCAAGCCACCCUCAACGCCCGUACCUCUAUCCUUGCUGCGGCUAAUCCUGUCGGCGGACGCUAUAACCGCAAGACAACGCUGCGCGCGAACGUCAACAUGUCUGCGCCCAUCAUGUCUCGUUUCGAUCUCUUCUUCGUCGUACUGGAUGAGUGCGACGAGGCUGUCGACCGCCAUCUGGCUGAGCACAUUGUUGGUAUUCACCAGCACAGAGACGAAGCUGUAGACCCUGAGUUCAAUACUGAGCAAUUGCAACGCUACAUCCGCUUCGCGAGGACCUUUAGGCCAGAAUUUACCGAUGAGGCAAGGGAAACACUAGUCGAGAAGUACAAGGAGCUGCGCGCAGACGAUGCACAAGGUGGCAUCGGCCGCAACAGUUACCGUAUUACUGUUCGACAACUCGAGAGUAUGAUUCGUCUCUCAGAGGCUAUUGCAAAGGCCAACUGCGUCAGCGAUAUUACCCCUGAGUUUGUCAAAGAAGCCUACAACCUCCUCCGCCAGUCUAUCAUAUCAGUCGAGAAGGACGACGUCGAGGUUGAAGACGACGACGACGAGGCGUUGCUUGCUGCAGCGACCGCCGCAGAACAGGAGGCCGAUGCGCCAAUGGACGAUCAGCAAGACGCUUCUAGAGACCGAACAGCGACACCAGCCGUCGCGCCACGUGAGAAGACCAAGAUCACGCACGACAAGUACGUCGCUAUGCGCAAUAUGUUUGUCAAGCGCGUCAACGAGGACCAAGAAGAGACACAAGACGGCGUCGAAGAGGAAGAGCUGCUCAUCUGGUACCUUGAGCAGAAGGAGAAUGAAAUGGAGACGCAAGAGGAUCUGGAGAAGGAGAGGACACUUGCGAAGAAGGUGCUGAAGAAGGUCGUCAAGGAGCAAUACCUCAUGUUGAUCCGGGGUGAAGGACUUGCAGACGAACAGGGCCAGGGUGAGGGCAACGACAAGGCAGUCUACGUGUUACAUCCAAACUGCCCGAUUGAGGACAUUGCCUAGGCGUUGAUGGAGUAUGCCGCACAUCGGCUGAGUAUCAAAUCUUUUGAGCGUUUGCGCGGCCAUGUUUGUGUUGGCAUGAGGCCCGGAGUUGGGACAGCAGUCGACUACAUGUUUGAUAAUGUUAUACCCAGAUCUGACUUUCAAAUACAUGACGUUGCGUGAAGUUUGGAAUUAUUCUCAGAUUGAAUGAUCGCACAGACAACUAACUUGAAACGAUUCAAUAACCAAGGGUCUCACUUGUACCCAUAGAACUUAGAUAAUCAUGUCAAGGAGAUGUGUAAAAUGUAGCGCUUCGACAUCCUCAUAUGCGCGUUUCUUCCUUAAUCCAUUCCUCUUCGUCUACGCCUUCUUGUUCUUCAAUGCGUCCAAAAACUCCUUUGGUGGUUGCUGCUCGUAACCCUCUGGGUUGUUUUCUGUCCACUUCCA